UCAGAAAGGUAGCAGCCUCUACUUACGAGAGGGAACUCUCUGCUCUCAGGCAAGCAUUAGAUAAUUGGCGACAUUACUUGCUUGGGAGACACUUCAAAGUCUAUUCAGACCACGAGACCCUUAGGUGGUUGAAGACUCAGGCCAAGAUGACACCUAAGCUUACUAGGUGGGCCACUGAGAUAGACCAAUUUGACUUCGAGCUCAAACCCGUAAAGGGAAAGUACAAUGUGGUCGCAAAUGCUUUAAGUAGAAGAGCCGACUACUUUGGAGCUAUAGUUCACUAUCUGGACAUAGGGACAAACUUACAGCAAAAGGUCAGAGAUGCGUACGCGCAAGACCCUAUCUACAGUGACCUUCUGAAGACAAUGAAGGAGGACCCAACCACUGAACCAAAUUAUCGCACCACGAGCGGGUUGUUAUUUGAGAAGACGAACAUCGUAGAUCGGUUGUGCAUCCCCAAGAGUGAAGAAAUCCGGAGUCUGAUCUUAGGGGAAUGUCACGACACAAAAGGGCACUUUGGCUGGCAAAAGACAUUGGCCAACCUGACACGUCUUUACACGUGGCCUGACAUGAAGGCUGAUUGCAUAGAGUAUGUGCGUAGUUGCAAGUUGGAGGUGGAAGAAGGUGUGAAGGUGUUUGGCUAUGAUGGAUGGGUGAACGAGGUGGAGGCAGAAGAAGGUGUAAAGGUGCUUGCCUAUGGUGGAUGGGUGAAGGAGGUGGAGGUGGAAGAAGGUGUUAAGGUGCUUGGCUAUGGUGGAUGCGUGAAAGAGGUGGAGGUGGACGAUGUUGUGAAGGUGCUUGGUUGUGGUGGAUGGGUGAAGGAGGUGGAGGUGGGCAAAGGUGUGAAGGAGGUGGAGGUGGAAGAAGGUGCGAAGGUGCUAGGCUAUUGUGGAUGGGUGAAGGAGGUGGAGGUGGAGGUGGAAGAAGGUGUGAAGGUGUUUGGCUAUGGUGGAUGGUUGAAGGAGGUGGAGGUGGAAGAAGGUGUGAAGGUGCUUGGCUUUGGUGGAUGGGUGAAGGAGGUGGAGGUGGAAGGUGUUAAGGUGUUUGGAUAUGGUGGAUGGGUAAAGGAGGUGGAGGUGGAAGAAGGUGUGAAGGUGCUUGGCUAUGGUGGAUGGGUGAAGGAGGUGGUGGUGAAAGAAGGUGUGAAGGUGCUUGGCUAUGGUGGAUGGGUGAAGGAGGUGGACGUGGAAGAUGGUGUGAAGGUGCUUGGCUAUGGUGGAUGGGUGAAGGAGGUGGAGGUGGACGAAGGUGUGGAGGUGCUUGGGUAAGGUGGACCCCAAGCUUCCGGUCUCGUCCUACUUACGAGGUCUCAUCGUGUGAACCAAGAGAAAAC